AUGCUGCGGCGGCUGCACAACAAGGAUGCAGUGUUCGUUCGAGGCGUCCGUGUACCCUUCUGCCAGUCCGGCACAGAGUACGAAGACUACAUGGCGUACGACUUGCAGCGUGAGGCGAUCAAGGGUCUGCUGAGGAAAACCGCCAUACCACCUGAGGAGAUCGAGUAUGUGUGCUGCGGCACGGUCAUCCAAGAGGUCUUGACCUCCAACGUUGCACGAGAAUCGGCCAUGGCAGCUGGUAUUCCUCUAAGCACACCUGCUCACACAGUCACUCUAGCCUGCAUUUCAUCCAAUAUUGCAAUGGCGACCGGCAUCGACAAGAUUCGAUCUGGGCAACUGGAUACCUUCCUGGCGGGAGGAGUUGAGAUCAUGUCUGAUGUCCCCAUUCGUUUCUCCAGGCCCGUUCGAAAGAGGUUGAUCAAGAGCAGCAAGAUGAAGUCCACGGGCCAGAUGCUCGGCCUAUUGAAUGGUCUGAAAUUUUCUGACCUCGCGCCGCAAGCUCCGGGUGUGGCAGAGUUUUCCACAGGAGAGGUCAUGGGGCAUAGUGCUGAUCGCCUUGCUUCUGCCUUUGGCAUUUCCAGAGAGCAGCAGGACAAAUUUGCUCAGAGGUCUCAUCAACUUGCUUUUGAUGCGCAAGCAAAGGGGCUGUUCAAAGAAGAGAUCGUUCCGGUCAAGAGUUCGGUGAAGGAUCACUGGGUUGAACAGGACAACGGUAUUAGACCUGCCACGGAUGAGCAGCUGAGCAAACUCAAGCCUGCUUUUAUCAAGCCUCAUGGGACUGUGACAGCAGCAAACUCUUCCUUCCUCACCGAUGGUGCCUCAGCUGCGCUUGUGAUGUCUGAAGACAAGUGCAAAGCACUGGGUCUAAGUGCUCGUGCGAGGAUGAAGGACUACGUCUUUGUCUCUCAGGAUCCAAAGGAUCAGUUGCUCCUAGGACCAGCAUACGCGAUAUCCAAACUUUUGCGCAAGACUGGGUUGAAGAUUGAAGACGUGGAUGUGUGGGAGCUGCACGAAGCCUUUGCCGGGCAAGUCCUUGCAAAUUUGGCUGCUUUGAAUUCAGAUGCCUGGUGCAAGCAGUGGCUAGGAACAGAUAGGGUUGGAGAGCUUCCUGUUGAGCGCCUCAACACGCGGGGUGGAUCUCUCUCCGUCGGGCAUCCCUUUGCUGCUACUGGAGUCCGUUUGACAACAUGGGCAGCGGAUCGCCUCAAGCAGGAAGACAAGCAGCUUGCUGUUGUCGCUGCCUGUGCUGCAGGAGGACAGGGGGUUGCAAUGCUGAUAGAAAGGCACCCGGAUUAUUGA